UUCAUAUAAAUUAGGCAAUUUUGGCAAUUGUCAAUCUUUUAUAGAAGCAAAGACGUUUGAGUGAUGUGUUAUUACGUGGCGUUAAUAAAAUGGAAUACCAUAUUCCUGCUGUCAGCUUUAUGUUUAAUUUCACAGCCUACCUCUUCUUCAGUUUUUCAGGUAAUCCAAGGAAAAUUCAGAGGUUUGAAUACUGCCUUGCACUGAGCCCUCUCGGACCAUGGGUGAGAAUGGCCCGUGCAAAAGCAUCAUGUAUUUUGAUGUUGAGGAGGAUGAGGAUGACUUGGCCCAAGAGGAAAACAUGCUGGGCUUUGAGAAGAAUGGAUUGAUUCCCUCUUCUUCAGGUACAGUGUAUGACAGGACAACUGUCCUGAUAGAACAGGAUCCAGUGAGUUUGGAUGAUGACGAGGACGAUGGUAAUUGUGACAACAUGACGUUUCUUCCUGAGGGUUCAGACGAAGGGCUGCCUUUUAUGGCAGAUCAUGAAGGCAUGUCUCAAGGAUAUGUGCAUCAUACAAUCUCUCCAGAUCAAAUCCAAUUCACUAUAAACCCAGGCUCUACCCCAAUGCCACGAAACAUAGAAGGAGCAACCUUGACUCUUCAUUCAGAAUGUCCGGAGACUAAACAAAGAGAGGUGAAAAGAUUCCAGUGCACAUUUGAAGGCUGCACACGCACCUACAGCACAGCAGGAAACCUUCGCACACAUCAGAAGACCCACCGUGGAGAGUACACAUUUGUCUGCAAUCAGGAAGGCUGUGGCAAGGCUUUCCUUACCUCUUAUAGUUUAAAAAUUCAUGUGCGGGUCCAUACAAAAGAAAAACCUUUUGAAUGUGAUGUGCAAGGAUGUGAAAAGGCAUUCAACACACUUUACAGAUUAAAAGCACAUCAGAGACUUCACACAGGGAAGACAUUUAACUGUGAAUCUGAAGGAUGCAGCAAAUAUUUUACUACGCUAAGUGACCUGAGAAAACAUGUCCGAACACACACAGGAGAAAAGCCAUUCAGGUGUGAUCAUAGUGGUUGUGGAAAAGCGUUUGCUGCUAGUCACCACCUUAAAACCCACGUCCGAACGCAUACAGGAGAAAAACCCUUUUUCUGUCCCAGUGAUGGCUGUGAAAAAACAUUCAGUUCUCAAUACAGCCUUAAGAGUCAUAUGAAGGGUCAUGACAAAGGACAUCUGGAUGGCCCAAGCUUAAGUCAAACUUUGUCUGAGGAUGCAAACCAGUCUCUUUGCUUGAGUGAUUUAAGCUUGCUCUCUACAGAUUCUGAACUAAGAGAGUCCUCUGGAAAUGGCCAAGGCAUGGAUUUGAAUAGUGUUAUGCCAGUUAUGGUUUUUGAAUUAAUGUUCCAGAGUCCAGAAAACAGUGUUAGUCAAGAUGACUCUCCCCAUGCAGAUGGGCUGAUUGAAAAUUUCAAUCUGGAUGUAUCUACUGCAUCAACAUCCAAACAUCUUGUUUCUGACUCUGCUUCAGUUUUACCUUUUCCUGAUCAGUUUCCAUCAUUGCAAAAAGACAUUUCUGAAUCUUCUCAGCAAGUCACACCAUCUACAACAGUUUCUUCAACUACACCUGUUACCAAAUGUUCACAAAAGGCCCUUUUUGAAAGUGGACCCGGUAUGUUGCAGACACCAGAAGUGCCUGUUCCACUGAGUACUCAGCCAUACUCAUCGAGUCAAGAUAUCAAUGUAGAGGGUUCACCAACUCGGCCCACUACGAAGAGUCAUCCUGUGGAAACAGAGGCCAUUGCCUCCACAGCCACUUCCAGUGUAGAAUCACUACCAACCAUGGUGCAGACUGUGCCUUUAGCUGUAAACUCUGUCCUAACUAGUAACCCAACUAUAGCAAUUACACCUGCUCAAAACACCACCAUUCUUCAGCCCAGCAUUGUUAUGGACGACCAGAAUCUUCAGUGGAUUUUAAAUAAAGCCACCAAUGCCCAGAAAAGUUCAGAACAGUCGCAACAAAGUACUAAAGUUGAAAAAGUGUUUUUUACCACAGCAAUACCAGAUGGAGGAAGUUCAGGUAACCAUGUUCAACAGAUUGGUCUUAGUGUCCCUGUCAUCAUCAUUAAGCAAGAGGAAUCUUGUCAGUGCCAAUGUGCAUGUCGGGACUCUGUUAAGGAUAAGUCUUCUAACAAAAAAGACAGUCCUCCUCCAGCUGCUCCGACUCCUCCUCCUCUACCUCCUCAAAGCUCCUCACCACCUUCACAUCCCUCCUCUUCUCCUCCAGAAAAGGACAAAUCACACACAAAAGCAGACUUUUGCAUCCCUGGAACUUCAUUCUACACACCCACUUCUGAUAUUCCUCUGAACUUCAGGGGAACACAGUAGCCAGACUUGGUCACCCAAUCUACAGACAAACAUCUUCUUUAACAUAAAUAAGAUUUUCUCUCCCUUCACAGCCAGGGAUGCCUUCUAAUAUGAGUUCUGUAUGUGUUAUGCUGUUUUUUGCAGAUUGUUUUACCAUGGGCAGUUAUGGUAAUAGUUCUUCUAACUUAGGCACCAAUUAAUGCUUUUGGAAAUGUGUGUGUUUCUCAGAUUGCCUAUUUGCUUAUAAUUUUUGUUGUAUAAAGUUGGGAGUAUGAAGGUGACUCUAUUCCAAGUGUGCAAAGAUAAAGUUAACUGUACUAUCUACCAUAUAGAUUCGCCCAGUAUGUCCAUUUUGUAUUCAUUUUGAAAAUGUUUAUAAUAGAAUGGAAACAUAAGCAUAGAACUGUUGCAGAUGCAGUUCUAGCAAGACACCUUUUAUCUAUACUGUAUAAAAUCAAUUCUAAUAUUUUAAUUCUGACUUGGAUGAACAACAGUGUCUAAAAAAACUGCUGAAUUAGGUUUAAUUUAAUCUUUGCACUCUUGGGGUUGAAUAGUAAAUGCACUUCAGGAUUUUUUGCAUUUUGUUUAUAUAAGAAAUAUAUAUAUAUUUAUUUGGAUUUUGUCAGAGUUUGCUAUAAUAAAAUAGAACUAUUAAAGUUUGUAACAUAUAAAUGUAAUAAUAAAUAAUUAUAUUAAAAAGAACAGAUUUACAGCAAAAUGUGUAGAUGAUAAUUAUCUACAAUAUCAGGAUAUUUAAGAAGAAAACAUUCCCAGAAAAGUAAUUUUGUACCAUUCAUAUUAUUAAUGGAAAUAUUUUAAUGUUUUAUUUCACAAUAUUGACUAUAAUACCAUAAAAUUACACUAAUUGUAGAGCAAGUUUUGCCUUUUUAUAACAUUUUUCAGACCUUUGUAAAACAUUCUGUUCUUAAAUGAAUAUAUUUUAAUUGUUUUGACAUAUGCAGUGCCCUGUUUUAUUCUGAUAUACCAAGUAUUUUUUCAUAAAUUAAAUUAUAGAUUUAUUUGAUUAGGUAACACAAGACCCUAUAUAAAAUUACUUACAGACGUUUGCUCACAAAGAAAAGCAGAAAGCACCUUCUUAAACCUUCCAGUCUUGCAUUACCAAUUCUUUAGCAUUAUGUUUGGUUUGUAUAUCAAACAUUUUAAUUUUAUAUCUUAAUUCAUGGAGAGGAAGAGGAAAAUAAGAUUUAGAUAUGUAAUUAAAGUAAAAAGAAAUUGUUUAAUGUAAAGUGUACAACUUUAUCAAUAAAAUCUAUUGUCAAAAUUAGACAUUAAGAGACUGGGAAACCUAGUAAUCAUACUGUUAAUAAGGGAGUAUCCAAUUUUAGCAUCAAUUUUAUUAAUUUAGUGUGUUUGCAUAGGAUAAUCUAGGAAGUAUAGAACAUGUAAUCCAAGAACACAAAUAUUUUUUUUUUCUUGUCAAGAUGGGCAAUUUGUAUUUCUUACAAUACACACUUUCACAAACAUUAAAGAAGAAAGAAAAUAAGGUACUGUAAAAUUACUUAAGGGUAAUAGCUGGAUUUUUCUAAACAUAAAUAUUUAGCAAAUUCAGACAAGUCUUUAAUGAUGACCAGUGCAAUAUAACCUUAAUGAAGUAAACAUUGAUUAAUAAUUUCUAUAUCUUUAAAGAAUUUAUUUUCACAUCACAGUGAAUUUUUCUUUUUUUUUUAUUUGAAAAGGUAGUUCAAUACAGGGACACCUGUACAUUUUAAGCACUGAAACACCAAACCUUCUUUUUUAUUUUUAAUACUGUUUAAGGUAAACUACAGAUUUCUUAUGUAUGUUCAUCCAGGGCCAUAUCUUGCAUAUUAAUAUUAAAAGCACUUUACUCUGCAAUUUUAAACAACCAGGUCCAUGUGGUGUUCUCUUCGUGAGACUUUCUGCAUACUUGUGUCUUCAUGCAAGUGUGAAGUGUGUGUAUGUGUCUGUGUUUUAAUACAGUUUAGAAUUUUUAAACGAUUUGCAGAGGCCUCUCCCAUAUCCCUGCAUAGCAAUUCAUUGCUAGUUUAUUUUAUUCAGUUUACAGCUUAAGAUUCUGAGAUGAAACAUGUACUGCUAUCUCUGUUUUUUCUUGAGGUACAGAAAUGUUAAAAAAAAAAGACAUUAAAAUGUUUAGUUCUUGCUCAGGACUUGUGCAUUUAGUAUAUCUGAUAACUGUUAAAAUUGAGAAAAGCUACAUUUUUCAAGGUGAUAAAUAGAUUGGGUUUUAUAUUUUAAUGAUCUAUGCAAUCAUUAUAUAAACAGAGAAGGAGAACCUCACAGAUUUUACAUGAUUAUAAAAACAGUAUUUGUAGAGACAGUUGCAUUAUGGUAUUUUUAUCUUGUUCUUCAGUUGCAUUUGUGUGUGUGAGAGAGAGAGUGGGAGUUAGUAUAAAGAAAACCACAUUGAUAAAAUAACUUUGUUCUUUUAAUGUUGUGUAUAAUUUAUUAAUACAGUUUAGUGGUAUAGUCAAUUAUAUUUUCAGCAACACAGGCACAGUCCAUAAUAAAUUUUAGAGGAUAUUUAAAAUGCUCCACUUCGUAGCCUUUAACAUCUACAGAGGAAGAUAUGAGUGGCAUUGUUCAUUUUUCUGUUUAUCUCCCAGCAGUUCUAUAAAACUGUUCUUGAUAGUAUCAAAACGUUGAAUUUACACACUUUUAAGCUUAUCCUUGAAGGGUGUACCAAUGUAAAUGUUUUCCUUAGGACUAAGUGCAAACAAAAAUAAAAAUUUUCUAAGGAUACAGACUUACUACUACAUUUUCUUUAAACCAUCCAUUACAUAUUAAAUUAGGUAGAAAUGAUUUUGCUAGUAGUGUUGUGUGUACAGUUUUUCUUUGUUUCAUUGUCAGGCUAUAAAAUAUGUGCUAGUUAUUACCAUACGAUAAAAAUAAUUUUAUAUUAAACAUUUAUUUUUUUAAUGCUAUUUAUUUUGGAGAUUAGUGUCAUUUUAAAAUGAGAGUCCUUAAACAAAUUGUACUUUUGAAAGUGUCUCAAAAGAUCAUGGAAUACCAUUAAUAUUCAACUUGAAAUCUGCAGUUUUCAUAUCCAGUAAUAUGGAGACUUCUCAUCACUCGUAUGUGUUCUCGCUCCAUAACAAAAUAUAAUAUUCUGAGCCCUAUCCAUCAUUUACAUUAGAGUAAAUUAUGGAGCUGUGUGUAAAUGAGCAGAUCUUUUUUUAUAAUAAAAAAAUACAGUAUAGAAUUAAAUAAUGUUUGUAAAUUAAACAAAAAUUAAAAUCACUUUAUUGAAAUACACAAAUAGUUGUGAUUUAGCCAUAUUUUAACUUGAAAACAUUUUACAUUAGAUCAGAAGUGAAAAUUUACAAGUGAUUUAUACACUAUGUUAAGUAGUUAUUGGCCAUAUUUUGGGAACCCAAACAAACUAACACACCACAAAUUGUAUCGGAAUUGUGUUGUCAGAUAAAGGAUAUGUUGUGCACAAUAUAAUCUUUGUGAUGUUCUUUAUUUUUAUACAGAUCAUACAGUACAUUGAAAAUAUGUUUUUGAUAGAGAGGGUUUAAACUAAGGGAAUUGGAUGAGCAUAAUGGAAAUAGACAAAGUCUGAAAAUACUUAAAAUUCUGUUAUAAGAAUUAUCUUGGAAAGCAUUGGCUAUACAGCUAAGUUUUUUAUUAUUAUUAUUUUGUUCCAUUUUAAAAUAAUGAAAAAUGUAUAUUCUCCUGAGGGGAUACAUUUAUUUUGUUUUUCCUUUUUCAGGAUGUAAGAUGGCAGCAACAUGUUAUUUGGCUGGAUUAUAUACUGUAUUUAUUUGAUAAAUAAGUUGUGUUACUUCCAUACAUUUUAAAGGCACCUUUGUGCUCUGCUGUAAUGUCUGUAUUUUACUUUUAUAUCAUAUAUGUUCAGCAGAAAUGUUGCAUAAAUCAUAGUAAUCUUUACAAAUACUGCUGUUUAAUGUUCAGGGUAUGAUGUUUUCAUUAAAACUGCUUUCUCUUACACACACACACAUGCACACACACCCCAACCCAAUAGUUUUGUAUCAAAUUUUCAAACUUGUUGGAAGAAACCUAUUGCUUUGUCUAUGUUCUGAUGAAAAUGCGAUUUUCUAAGCCAAGCACUGUUCUGUUGUGUAUACUCAGAAUUCAUUAAACAUCUCUUACUUGGGCAUUUGGACAUUGGGAGAGUAAAUAAUAGUAGCUAAAUAAAGCUUCCAAAGGAAGAGAAUGUCUUCAAAUCCCAAAGAGUGGAGGAAUUUAACAUGUAAAGAGUUUGUAUUUUUUAAGAAUGUGAAAAUGCUGUUAAUUGCUUGUUUUGUAUUAACUAAUAUUGUAUUAUGGUUAAAAAUACAUAACUGGGAAAAUAACAUUUUUGGAACUGAAAGCAAUAUACUACUAAUUAAAUCAUAUACUGACUUGUCUAA